CUCUUACCGAAACCCUAACCCGCCAAUAGUUUCUCCACCUCAUCUUUCUUUUAUUUAAGUUUUAAGUAUAAGUAGAUAGAUAAAUACUACUUUGGUCAUAGCUGAAAGAAUUUGAACCGCAAGAUGACAAACACGAUGAAGGAUAGGGGAAGAAGGCAAGGGCAAGAUGGUAAAAGAAUAUCCGCGGUUCCAAACGGCGCCGUUCCACCUCAAACAGUCAGGAAAUACUGCUAGUAAAAAAGGGACAAGGUUCAGUAAAGGAUCAUCCGGUUACUUAUUUACCGAGGGAGGAGGAGAUUAAUUUGGUUAGCGAAAAGGACAGCGUUUUGGGGGGAGGAAAAGAGCUUCUUGAAAAGGGGGAUAGUAAUAGUAAUGGGAGAAGGAGGGAAGAGUGAAAAUAAAGGAAAGGGAAUGGAAUUUCCAGCGGAGGAGAGAAAGGGCGGUGUGAGUAUUAUGGAGGAAGAGAAGGAAAUUGGGGAUACUGAGGGAAAGUUUGCUUCUUUGGAGGAAAAUUUAGACGCUAAAGAAGAAGGGAAGGUUUUGACGGAGGUUAAUGAGCGAAAACCAAAAGGAAAAAGGGGGAGACCCCCCAAGAAAGAUAAGGAAAAGAAGGUGGUACAAAGUGAAAAGGGAAGAUUGAAUUUUUCAGUUGUAAUGGAGGAAAAUAUUGAUAAAGAAGAAUCUGAAGAGAAAGAGGUUCCUUUGAAGAAAAGCAAUAAUCUUGUUAGGAAAAAUAAUGAUGUGAAUGGAAGACAAGAGGAAAUUGAUCGUGAGAGAGAAGAGGAAGAGAAAGAGAAGUGUGAUUCUGAUGAAGUGACUUGUGGGAAAAGGGGUAGGAAAAAGAAUGAUGUAAAUGGAAAAGAAGAGGAGGAGAAACAGAAGAUUGAUUCUGAUGAAGUGACUGGUAGAACAAGGAAGUCAAGUCAAAUAGCUAUGGAGAAGUUAAAGGGAUUUAAUCAGCAAAUGGCUGAAUGGGAUGAAGAAGACCGCAAUACAGGUAGAAAAAGAAGGGGUCAAAGUCGGAAGGGUGGCACGAAAACAGAAGAUAAUGGUGAUAGUGAGAAAAUUGGAAGUAAAAAGCGAAGAAGAAAGAGGUCGAAAGAUGCUGCAGAGAAUGGUGAUGGAAGUGGUGGACAUUCUGCAGAGGAAGAGAGUAGAGAGCAGCAGAGCGAAAUGAGUAAAAAGCAUAAGGCCGAGGGAGAAGAGAAAGUGGAAGGAUCAGAGUCCGGAAGAUAUUCUACUCGUCAAAGGGAAGAUGUGCACGAUAAUGCAGUAAAUCCCCGGAACAGAAAGAGGAAGGAUGAGAAUGGGAAUGAAUUUGAAUCCAAUAUGUGUCAUCAGUGCCAGAGGAAUGACAAAGGAAGAGUUGUUCGGUGCACCCGCUGUAGAACAAAGCGAUACUGUGUUCCUUGCAUGAACAGAUGGUACCCUGGGAUGCCUGAGGAGGCCUUUGCAGAGUCUUGUCCUGUUUGUUGUCAAAACUGUAAUUGCAAAUCAUGCUUGCGGUUGGAUGGGCCAAUAAGGACAUUGAAGAACUUAAAAUUUGAGAUUAGCAAAGAAGAAAAGAGUCUAUAUUCUAAAUUUAUCUUGCAAAAACUUUUGCCUUUCUUGAGAAGAUUCGACGCAGAGCAAGUGAUGGAGAUGGAGAUUGAAGCCAGGAUUCAAGGGUUACCAGUGUCAGAGUUAAAGCUGCACAAAGCAAAGUGUCAGAAGAAUGAGCGAAUGUACUGCAACAACUGCAAAACAUCCAUUGUUGAUUUUCACAGAAAUUGUUCCAGCUGUUACUAUGAUCUUUGCCUUACUUGUUGCCGGGAGCUUAGAGAUGGUCACCUUAAGGGAGGUGAAGAAGAAGUCAUCUUGGAAUUCACUGACAAAGGGCUUGGUUAUUUGCAUGGUGAUGAUAUACCCGGAGACAAACCUAGAAACUUAAGGAGGACUAGAUCUUCCAAGAAGGAGAUGGUUGAAAAUGAUUCAGUGGAAGAUGCCAAGCUUGCAUGUGAAAUGGAAUCUAAGGAUAACGGAGGGCUUCUGCCAGAAAAUUUUGGUGGUCCUGCUAGUGAGUGGAAAUCGAAUGAAGAUGGUAGCAUCCCUUGUCCACCAGAGAAUUUUGGUGGUUGUGGUAAGGGAAAUUUAGAGCUGAAGUGCCUGCUGACAAAGCCAAAAUGUCAGGUCACUGAGUUGUUGGCAAAAGCUGAAGAUAUUGCCAAAAGAUUUGAAUUGAAACACAUGCCUGAAAUCCCUCAGGGGCCAUGCUUAUGUAGAAAGUCAGUGGAUGAAAAUGAUAUGCAGAAAAGUAAAAUGUGUAAAGCUGCAUCUCGUGACAAUUUUGAUGACAAUUAUUUGUACUGUCCAGCAGCUAAAGAUCUUCAGCAGGAGGAUCUGAAGCAUUUCCAAUGUCAUUGGCUGAAAGGUGAACCUGUGAUUGUCCGCAAUGUGCUUGAGACUGCGUCAGGGUUAAGUUGGGAGCCCAUGGUUAUGUGGCGAGCAUGCCGCCAGAUAAAGAACUUAAACCAUCCUCUUCUUUUGGAUGUUAUUGCUAUCAAUUGCUUAGAUUGGUGUGAGGUAGAAGUUAACAUCCACCAGUUCUUUAAGGGGUAUAUGGAAGGUCGAUCUGAUGAUGCUGGCUGGCCCCAGAUUCUGAAGUUGAAAGAUUGGCCUCCAUCUGAUCUAUUUGAUGAACGAUUACCUCGUCAUGGUGCGGAAUUUGUUAGCAGUUUGCCUUUUAAGGAGUACACACAUCCACAAAGUGGCUAUCUAAAUCUUGCUGUCAAACUGCCAGAAGGGUCGUUGAAGCCUGACAUGGGACCAAAGACAUAUAUUGCUUAUGGAGUUCCUCAGGAGCUGGGGCGCGGAGACUCUGUGACUAAGCUGCAUUGCGAUAUGUCUGAUGCGGUGAAUGUGUUGACACAUACUCAAGCAAUAACCUUGAAGCCCGACCAGCUUUCAGCCAUGAAGGCAUUGAAAAGAAAGCAUGCUGCUCACGAUAAAAGGGAACUUCAGAUGUCUGAGGACGAGAAAGAAUGUGAAAAUGAAGCAUCAUCUGAGUUGAUUGAGGGUAACUCUGUUCUAGGUGAGAGACAUAGUAGAAUAGAUAAAGGAAAAACUGAUGUACUUCCAGAUCAGAGCUUGAGUAUUGGACCACGUAGUGGCAAUCAAUCAAUUGUUGCAUCUGCUUCCUGUGUCAAGCCAGAGGGAGAUACUAAUGCUGAGGUGGCAACAGAUGGUGCAAUCGAUACAACAAGCACUUAUGAAGCAAGUGGAGGAAUUAAGAUUGAUCAUGGUAAAAGUGAUGAGUGCAAAUAUAACCCAGUGUUUAGAAAAGGUGAAGUAUUUGAGGAUUUAGAAGGUGGUGCACUCUGGGACAUCUUUAGAAGGCAAGAUGUUCCAAAGUUAGANUGAAAUACAUUACAUGUCGGUAGAACUGA